UUUCGGUUUCGCUGGGCGCACUCCCUCCCACUUUCAGCACUUCUCUUUUCACCAAAGACUCAUUGCGCUUUUACGCACGACUCCAGUGACACUGUGGAGGAGAGCAGAGUGCCAUGAAGACCGUCAGUGCGUAGAGAGCGUUUACGCGGCAAGAAGAUGAUGAUCCUGCUGCCUGGUCUGUUGUUCAUUCUCUGGGGAGAACCGGGUCGGUGCCUGGAGGAGAAUGGAGGCUUCACGUUUGAUGGAGACAUCCGCCACUUCGCCGUGGCCACCAACAUGGUUUACGUCGCUACAGAGGAGAAGCUGUACCAGCUGAGCCACGACCUGACUCUGGUCCAGAGUCUGACCCAGAGAGGAACACUGAAGGGGAGGUAUGAGACGAACGAUGCGCAGUUUUCUCGGGUUUCUGAGAUGGACCGGAGGAACGCAACUUUCAGCGUCAACAUUUUAUUGCCGUUGGUUAAGGAUGAAGUUCUGAUCAGCUGCGGGGUGAUCAAGUGCGGUUACUGCGAGAUGCUGGACCUGAACAACAUUUCCAAUGUGCGGUACAGGGAGCACAUCCAGGUGGGAUCCCCAUGGUCCAGCAGCGCGUCCGUUGGCUUCCUGGUGGAUGUGAAGCAGACAGAGACUUACAUUCUGACUGCCAUACAGCAAGAUGAAGACCCAUCCAAAACGAGCAGCUGCGCCUCGGAAUCAGGAGCGGUGAACCUUCGUAACACGAAUAACGAGCAGAAUGGAAAAAUAUUUUCCCUUGUUGGCAAUUCCAUUACCACUGUAAUCAAACUUAUCAAAGGCAACGUGGAGUUUGUGGAUGGAUUUCAGAAUAAUUCAGUCAUUUAUCUGUUCUCCAACCUGCCCUCAAGUGACAAAAGCAACAAAGUCCGUCUCAUUUGGCUCGAGGGCAAAAUGAGCAAAUUAGCAACUCUCAAGUCGCUGCGGGGCGCGACCCUCCGCAUCUCUGGUGGUGGAGGGACAGACGGCAGACUCCUCGCCUCCUCGGUGAUCCCGGGUGGACCGCCGGUGCUCUGGAGCGGCGUGUUCAGUGUGGACGGAGGACAAACCAACACCGAGCUGCUACUGUUUGACAUCAGCCCCGAUCUCACCAUAGUAGAGGAUUCAGAUCCAGACUUCUGCAUCGCCUGCACUACCGGGCAAAGACUGACAGCGACGCCAAAGAUUCUGAAGCCGAAGGCAGUGCUCUUCAGGCAGAACUACAUGACCUCUGUGCUGGCAGUGAGACAGAAGGCCUGGAUGGUUUUCUUCAUCGGGACGGGAGACGGGCAGCUCAUUAAGCUUGCUGUGGACAACAACUAUCACUCCACCUGUCCCAGGGUGCUCUACAGGGCCAAUGACGACCGGCAGUUGUUUCCCAAAAUGCAUCUGGAUCAAGUGGAUCUUAAACAUGUGUACAUGCCAUUUCAAAACCGGAUGAAGCGUGUACCCGUGUCAAAGUGCAGCACGUACACAAAUGUGCAGGACUGCUGGUCUGCACAGGAUCCAUACUGCGUCUGGUGCGGCUCUAAAAAAAGUUGCACAUUUGAAGACGACUGCCAAGAUUCAGACUGGUUAUCCAUUCCUGAUGAUUUUCAACUGAAAAUGGUUUCCCACAAAGUUGUAAAAGACAAGACUGGUCAGAUCGAACUUAUCAUCCUCACACACCUGACUGUGGGCCAGGACGCGCUGUCUAACUUCGCCUGUGAAUUCCCCUCAAGUUCCAGAGAGCCUUAUUGCAGGGAAACCCUUCCUCCACAGUUCCCAAAAUGCACUUGCAUCCUUACAAAUAGCACACUUCCUGCUGAAGGCCUGCAUGUCGCAGUUAGGGUUAGACUUGGGACGACAUACUUGUUGGAACGACUGACGCUGUCCAACUGCUCUGACAUCAGGGGACCGCCAACUUCUGUCCUGUGUCGGAAGUGUAUCGAGGCUGGAUGUGGCUGGAGCAAAAACGUCUGUUCCUGGGCAAAUCAAGGAGCGCGGAAUGACAGUGUUUGCAAGAUAUCAAGCAUGAACUUUUUUAUACCAGAGAUCUCCUCCAUCACUCCCAGUGUCGUGUCUUUCUACGGCAGAAACCAUGCGAUGUUGUCGGGUCAUAACCUCAGUGAUGUGACCAGAGUGAGGAUCCAUGCGGACAUGGACUGCACUCCACGAGAAUCUCCUGUAUGGAACAACACCGGUGUGAAUCUGACGUUCCACAUUCCCAGUACCGAUAACAAAGGAGCGGUCAAAGUAUGUGUUCUCCUCCCAGACGGAAGUUGCCAUGGUAGCGCUACAAUUACCUACCGGUCAUCCCCAUCCUUCACCGACAUUGCACCACGCAGCACCUGGAUGAGUGGGAAGAGGAAGAUGACACUCAUGGGAUCCCACAUGGAGUUUGUGGAAGGGGUCCUGCACAGCCACGCCCCGAAGGAAGUCCAACUUCCCGGAGACAGCAACUAUCAGAACCUCACCUAUGACACACCUGCAGCUGAAAAAGGGAUUUCUAACAGCACUGUGUCUGUGAGAGUAGCUAAUAAAACCUUGGCCUGCUCCACAACAAUAACCUACUACCCAGACCCCGAGUUCAUUAGCUUCACCACCACAAAGACUGGGGACGAUGUGCGCAUCACCAUACAGAAAAAGGCAGACAAGCUGGAGAUGAGCCCAGCAGAGUUGACAGUGUGGGGCGUUGAGGAAGGAAAGCAAUACCUCUGCAUCAUGGAAGACAAAGACAACAGUACUGAGAUUGAAUAUUUCAUCUGCGAGAUUAAAGGGACACCCAACGCUAAAUUUCAGCAGUUAUUGAUAAAGUAUGGAGACAAGACGGUACAACUGAACAUUAAAUCUUCUUUACUUUUGCUGAUACUGCUUGCCCUCCUGCUGAUACCCUGCAUUAUUGUUGCUGUGCUGAUCAUCUACCGAAGCCAACAGAAGAAGCUCACUGAUGGGAUGAACAAGCGUAUGGAAGACCUGGAGCUCGACAUCAGGAAUGACAUUAGACAAGGCUUUGUGGAUCUGCAGACAGAGAAAACUGACCUGAUGGAAAAUGUUGGAACGAUUCCUUUCCUGGACUACAAGCACUUUGCCUCCAGAAUCUUUUUUCCUGAGAAUGAAUCUUUGAUGACAUCAUGUAUCAAAGACAUUGGUCAGGAUGCGGUGAAGGUUCAGCUUGACGACUGUUGCCAGGGCUUGUCCAGGCUGCUCCAGGACCGGCUCUUCAUCACAUCUAUGGUGCACGCUCUGGAGGAGCAGAAGACCUUCACCAUCAAAGACAAGUGUACGAUGGCGUCAUUACUGACCGUAGCGCUCCACAACAACUUGUCGUACCUGACCGAGGUGAUGGAGGUUCUGCUGAAGGCUCUGAUGCAGCAGAACAGCAACGCUCAGCCCAAACUGCUGCUACGACGCACCGAGUCCACUGUGGAGAAGCUGCUGACCAACUGGAUGUCCAUCUGCCUUUACGGCUUCCUCAGGGAAAGCGUCGGCCAGCACCUGUUCCUGAUGGUGAGCGCUCUCACGCAGCAGACCGCAAAAGGACCUGUGGACUGUGUGACAGAGAAAGCUCUGUACACACUCAGCGAGGACUGGCUGCUGUGGCAGGCUCAGGACUACAGCUCCCUGAAGCUGAAGGUGCUGUUUGCAGUAGGCAUUGACGGAGAGGUCAGCGAGUCUCUGGAGGUUAACGCUCUCAGCUGUGACUCCAUAGAGCAAGUCAAAGAGAAAAUCCUGUCCACCUUCAAGGCCAAGUUUGGUUUCCCCUACAACUCUUCCCUCAGGGACGUUCGGAUCGAGUACGAGAGGGAUGGAUCGUUUGUUGCUCUUGAGGAAGUGGAUGCGAGCUCCGAGGUUAUCGGGGAGGUCACAAUGCUCAACACACUCAAGCACUACAAGGUUCCUGAUGGAGCGACAAUCAAAGUGCUUUCGAAGAAAACUCAUCCUCCUCUGAGCCCGCAGGGAAGUCUGAAGGAUGAUGAGAACUUCUCUGGAAAAUACUUCCACUUGAUUGAUCCUGAUGUAGACGAGGACCAAAGAAGGAACCCAGAGAGGAAGAAGUUAAAACUGAAGGAAGUGCACCUCACUAAGCUGCUCUCCACCAAGGUGGCGGUGCAUUCAUUUGUGGAGAACCUGUUCAGAUCUAUCUGGGGGACGCCGCACAGCAGAGCCCCGCAUGCUGUCAAAUACUUUUUUGACUUCCUGGACGCUCAGGCGGAAAACAUGAAGAUUACCGACCCAGAUGUCCUGCACAUCUGGAAGACCAACAGUUUGCCUCUGCGCUUCUGGGUCAACAUUCUGAAGAACCCCCAGUUCGUUUUCGACAUGGAGAAGACUCCACAAUUGGAGAGCUGCCUGUCUGUCAUCGCUCAGGCCUUCAUGGACUCGUUCUCGCUCAGUGAGCUCCAGCUAGGAAAGCAUGCACCAACCAACAAGCUCCUCUAUGCCAAAGACAUUCCCAAGUUCAAACAUGAAGUAAAGACUUACUACAAGCAGAUCAGAGACCAGUCAACAAUCACUUACUCAGAAUUCAAGGAAUUCCUGCAGGAGGAGUCAAAGAAACAUGAAAAUGAGUUCAACGAAGCCGCAGCCCUCCGAGAGCUCUACAAAUUCAUACAACGAUACUUCACAGAGAUCAAUGAGAAGCUGGACCAAAACGGAGCCCCCACCGAGCUGACGGAGCAACUACAUCACGUUAAAAAGUCGUUUGAUGGACUAAAAAGCUGCUCCUGGAACUGAGCCGCCAUCUUUUCAUUUAUAUGAAUGAACUACGAAUGACAAAGUGAGAGGACCGGGAAGUGUGGAUCAUCCCUCUGCUACUGAGAUGGAGAUGAGGUACAGCCAAACCAUGUUGGUCAUUUCAUGACUCAGAGGGGAGUUUUGUGGCUUACACUGAAAUGCCUUCUCUGGGUUUUUUUGGCACUGCUGUGACAAAAACCCUUUUGGAAACUCUUGAAUUCUGGGAAUUUUUUGGCAUUAAAAUAGUCUUCCGAGAUGACGUUAUCAGCUGGAACUGCCAUGUGAGCAAAGUGCAGAGCAGCGGCCGUGAGCUAGGCAGUAGGGCACGCCCACAUUACUCCUCUAUAUCUUUACAAGGGAUGCUAAUUUAGAUUUUUUUUUUAACCGAUAACCGACCGCCGUUAACUGAUUAUUAACCGACAAGAUAAGUGCGUUGCAUGCCGCGUUGCGCCAGCUGCAGUGUAUGAGCACAACAGACAACCGUAACUAACCCUAAUUUUUAAUAUUUCCUUUAACCGUUAAACCGAUAGCGUUAAAUCGGUUGAAACUCUUAAUGUCAGUUAACGGUUAAUUAUUAACAUCCCUACUUUACAUAGCAAACAGUUGUUUGCUGCUAUAUUGAUGCUCUGGAUAUUAUAUAUAUAUAUAUCAACGAAUUUAGCACCUUUAAGCUUGAAUCAUAAAGUCAAAACCACAGAUGUCAGGAAAAACAGUGACAACAGUCUGUAUAAACAUUGUGCAAUUCUUUUUAUCAACUCCUCUGUAUAAAAACAUUUUUUCCACAGUGGCUUCAGAGCAAACCUCUGUAAACAACAAAUCCUGAGGAUGUCAUGGUCAGUUUUAAAAAAGGUGCUACAGCAUUUCAAAUUACAUUAGAGACGCAUGUAAACGCUAGCGAAAUCCAUUCCCAUAGCUCCAUUUAGAUGUAAAUACGCCAAUAAAUAUGCUAUUUUAAAAACACCACAGGCGUCCUCCAUGUGACAAACAGGACACCUGUUGCUCUACUGUGCGCCCUCGUGCCUGUGACCCGGAAAUCCAUCUAAAAUGCGUCAGAACUAUGAGCGAGCAUGCAGUUGUAUCCAUUGCGGAAGUCUUUUCGGCACGUAUAAAAAAAGGGCGUGCCACACGUCACAUUUAAUUGAUCUUGCUUUAAAUUGACAGCUCCAAAGCACGAAUGUCUCAUUUUGUUAAAUACCUGUUACCCUGACUCCACUCGCAUCUCAGGUGGGAGGGACUAAGACGCGAGGGCGGGACGUACAAACUGUGAAAAGCCUCAUCUCGCUUUGUAUUUCAAAUGCAAGUCCAAUGUGAAGUAGGGGUCAGAGGUCAGGCUGGUGGGCGGAGUCCCGGUCCCUCUGCACUAGAGAUCCCAGUUCCUCCAGCUGCUGCUGCUGGGCGCUUUCCAGGUCCUCGAGCCGCCGCCGGAGCAGAGACAGCUCUCUCUGAUGCUGCUCCUCCUGCAGCACGGAGGGAAAAAAGGAUAAGCAAGCUAAUGUUACACUUGCUUCCCUCUCUCAAACACAAUAGUGGUCUUGUUAUGCCAUAUUUCACACUUCAGUAAAUAGACAUCACUCUGUUAGUUUCACUGUGGUGACGCUGUUCUACAGAUGGUGUUUGAUAACAGCUUCAACAGGGUGUGUCUGUGGGGAGUUUAACCAGUCAACCUCUGCCAUGUGGGUUUAUUUGUGUGUAUAAUUUAAUUAGCAUAUGAUUGAAACUGAUAUUUGUUGGUUUGUAACUUCAGAUGCUCUGUAUGGUCUACAUAACCUGUAUGUUGCUGCUUCAGUUAGUGAUUUGACCUUUUAGGAACCACCUACAGAGAGGAGGUGUGAUCUUAGUGCAUUGCUUAUUGCACUGUGGGUUUCGUUUGAAGAGAGAAGGGGAGAUUUCAUCUCUUCUAAUCUCAGCCUAACCUCUGUUGUUGCCACAUGGCAUUCUGGUCUAUUUCCUGUGGGUGUAGAAAUUGCUCUCUGUGCCUUUUCUAUGAUGGAUGUUUACCUGUUUUUGUCUCCAUUAAACUAACAUUAUGAUCCAUCUA